UUGACGCUCAAAUAUCUAUGCCGGUGAACACUUAUAAAGCAAGACUAAAAUACAUGAACACAUUAUAGUACCUUGCUCACUCUUGGCAAUCCUCAACCACACAUCUGUCUGCAAUUUAAGGAUUAUAAACUGCACCACUGAAUCAUCCACAUUGCAAAACUUGUCUUCAGGACAUUACAAAGGACCAGACAAUGCUGCUGCUGCUGCUCUGCAGCCAUCUCCAUCUCCAAAUCUAUGUCCUUUUUGCCAUUCUGUGGUGUCUUCCAUCACUUUCCCUGGCUGGAAAUAUCCUAGUGUACCCUGUGGAUGGAAGCCACUGGCUUAACAUGGACAUUCUGCUCCAAGAGCUUCAUCAGCGAGGUCACCAACUGACAGUGUUCCGUUCUGCCAACAGUUGGUACAUCCCAGAGAACACCACACACUAUACAUCCAUCACAGUAAGUGUCUCGCACAUCAGCAGCCUGGAGGAUCCAGAGUACAUGGCAUCCUUUCUUAAGAGAAACAUUGACAUUCAAAGAGGGGAAGGAUCCAUUUUUUCUUUCAUGGCCCUGCAGAAAGAGAUUCUUACUCUUUUAGAAGAGACUCAUAAGACCUCGGCUGAGAUGGUGAGGACCAUCUUGGAGGAUAAAAAUCUGAUUAAAAAGCUCAAAAACUCCAAGUAUGAUUUGAUGCUGACUGAUCCCGGUUUUGCAGGAGGAGUUGUAAUGGGAGCGUACUUGGGUCUACCAAUGGUUUUCAAUGUCCGGUGGAUCACCAACGGAGAAGGACACUUUGCAAUUGCACCCUCACCUCUUUCUUACAUCCCAACUAUUGGAUCCAGGAUAACAGACAAAAUGACCUUUGUGAAUAAGCUGAAAAAUGUCUUGCAUUUUGGAAUUGGCCAAUAUAUAGACCACAUGAUUACAAGGCCCCUCUAUCAAGGAGUCAUCAACGAAUACAUAGACCCAAACUCCAAUAUCUACUCCCUAAUCCAAGGUGCUGAUCUAUGGCUCAUGCGAGUCGACUUUGUUUUCGAGUUCCCUCGUCCUACAAUGCCAAAUGUGGUCUACAUUGGAGGCUUCCAGUGUAAACCCUCCAAGCCUCUUCCUGCUGAACUGGCAACAUUUGUAGAGAGUGCUGGAGAGUAUGGGGUGGUGAUCAUGUCUCUGGGUACUCUGCUUGGAAGUCUGGUUCCUGACAUAUCAGAGACUGUUGCUUCUGCAUUCGCUCGCUUGCCACAAAAGGUGAUUUGGAGGCACGUAGGGGAAAAACCAUCUACUUUGGGGAACAAUACACUGAUGGUGGACUGGUUGCCUCAGAAUGACCUCCUAGGCCAUCCAAAAACAAAAGCUUUUGUGACACAUGGAGGAACCAAUGGGAUCUAUGAGGCCAUUUAUCACGGUGUGCCAAUGCUUGGACUCCCACUCAUCUUUGACCAGUUUGACAACAUGAUGCGUCUACAAGCCAGAGGAGUAGCUCAAGUGUUUGAUGUCACAGCCCUGGAUGCAGAUACACUAACACAAGCCUUGAGGGACAUCUUGGAUGAAAAUCAACAAUACCAGAAGAACAUGCGCAGAAUGUCACGUCUUCAUCGUGAUACACCCCUCAAACCAAUGGACAGUGCCAUCUUCUGGCUCGAGUUUGUAAUGAGGCAUAAGGGUGCAGCACACUUGUGCACAGAGUCGUACAAGCUUCCUUGGUAUUCAUACCACAGUUUGGAUGUAUUAAUGUUGUUAGUUAGUUUGUUUAUGGUAGUCGGUCUGCUCUUAGUCUUAAUGAGCAAGGCUCUGCUGAAGGUUUUUGUAAGAAAAAGAAAGGCCAAAAAAGAGUGAAGACAUGUAUUUGAAGACAAUAGGCUCGUUUCCACUAUCGGGCUGAACUGUUCUCAUCGCAUAUCUGUACAGUUACAUAAAAAAAAAAUCUGGAUUAAUGUUUAUUUUUCCACUAUGAUGCUGUGAAAUCAGGAUUAGAAUGGAUUGACUAGGCAAGUACCCAAUCAUAAAUCUGCAAGUACAGUUCAUCCGGAAAGUCUUCACAGCGCUUCCCUUUUUCCACAUUUUGUUAUGUUACAGCCUUUUUGCAAAAUUUAUUAAAUUCAUUAUUUCCCUCAAUUCUACAAACAAUACCCCAUAAUGACAACAUGAAAGAAUUUAGUUUGCAAAUCUUUGCACAUUUACUAUAAAAAAUUAAAUUAAAUUAAAAAAAAAAACCCUGCACAUGAGCAUUUGCAGCCUUUGCUCAAUACUUUGUUGAAGCAAACUUCUUCCAUUUACGGAUGAUGGAGGCCACUGUGCUCAUUGGGACCUGCAAUGCUGCAGAAAUUUUUCUGUACCCUUCCCCAGAUCUGUGCCUUGAUAUAAUCCUGUCUCGGAGGUCUACAAACAAUUCCUUGGACUUCAUAGCUUGGUUUGUGCUCUGACAUGCACUGUUAGCUGUGGGACCUUAUAUAGACAGGUGUGUGCUUUUCCAAAUCAAGUGUGCCGCACAAGCCCUCAAAAGUGAAGCCAAAAUGUCUCGAUCGUCCCGCGGUGACUGGUCCUAGUAUAGGUCAUAAACUCCGCCUCCCCAUGUUAUUCAACUGGACGUGAGACAACUAAACAAUUAAAUUACACUUCAUAUAUCUUUUUUCCAAAGAUAGUUUCUGUCAUUUACUGUAGUUUCUAUCACGUUGAUGUAAUUUCAAGUGUUUGUUUUCAAAAUAAGUUUGUUUUUAGUUAGUUAUUUGAUGCUAUAAAAACGGUGCUGUGACAUCAUGAUUGACAGCUGUGAUUGACAGGUUCUCUGAGCGAAGUAGUCACUGAAGCACCAACUGACUUUUUUUCGGGAUCUUUGGAGGACUGAGGAGAUUGGAGCUUUACAUUUAAUAUCUAAAUUUCUAUAAUUAAUUAUUUCACACCGUCAUAAGUCAAAAGUCAAAAGUGCAGGGGCGUGUCCUUGCGAUUGAUUCAGCGAGAGUGAGGGCGGGUCCUUGAUUUCGCAGCUUUACUUCCUGCUCACUACUGCGCAGGUCUGGUCCCGAAAUCGCAACUGCGCAGACUCAAUUCCCAAGAUGUCAGCGCCAAAUAGGGAAAAGAGCGAAGGUACGUUGUCCAACUUUUUUUACAGUCUAUGUUCCAAAUCAUGUUCAAUUAACUGAAUUUAUCACAGGUGGACUCCAAUCAAGUUGUAGAAACAUCUCAAGGAUUAUCAGUGAAAACAGGAUGCACCCAAGCUCAAUUUUGAGCGUCAUGCCAAAGGCUGUGAUUACUUAUGUACAUGUGAUUUUUUAUUUAUUUGUAAUAAAUAUUUCAAACAUACUUCUUUCACAUUGUCAUUAUGGGGGUAUUGUUUGCAGAAUUUUGAGGAAAAUA